AUGGCAGAAAUGACAGAAGACAAACAUGCGGAUAAGGCUAAAAAACAGGUUACUAAAAGUUUUGAUCCGAAGAAGUUUUUCGUUGACUUGGCAACGGGUGGUACUGCCGCUGCAAUAUCAAAAACUGCAGUUGCACCAAUUGAAAGAGUGAAAAUUUUGUUGCAAGUUCAAGAUGCCCAAAAAACAAUCGCUGUUGAGAAGCGUUACAAGGGUAUAUUUGAUGUACUGAUUCGAGUUCCUCGAGAACAAGGCUUAACUGCUCUAUGGCGGGGUAAUUUGGCUAAUGUAAUCCGGUAUUUCCCCACACAAGCUCUUAACUUCGCCUUCAAGGAUACAUUCAAAAAAAUGUUCAUGGAAGGAUUAGACAAGGAGAAACAAUUCUGGAAAUUCUUUGCCGGUAAUCUUGCAGCUGGUGGUGCUGCUGGUGCUGCAUCAAUGUGCUUUGUAUACCCAUUAGAUUUCGCUAGAACACGACUUGCUGCUGAUAUCGGUAAAGGUGAAAGCCGAGAAUUCAAGGGAUUGACAGACUGUAUUGUGAAAGUUGCAAAAUCCGAUGGUAUAGUUGGAUUAUAUAGAGGUUUUCUGGUAUCAGUGCAAGGAAUUAUUAUUUACCGUGCGGCUUACUUUGGUAUGUUUGAUACCGUAAAAACAUUGGUGGCUAGUGAAAAGAAACUGAACUUCUUCCUCGCUUGGAUGAUUGCUCAAAUAGUCACCGUAAGCUCCGGCAUAUUAUCAUAUCCUUGGGACACUGUGCGCCGUCGAAUGAUGAUGCAAUCUGGACGUAAAGAUAUCCUUUACAAGAAUUCAUUUGAUUGUGCUGUGAAAAUAAUUAAAAACGAGGGUGCGAAUGCAAUGUUCAAAGGCGCACUGUCAAAUGUUUUCCGUGGUACCGGCGGCGCACUGGUAUUAGCAAUUUACGAUGAGAUUCAGAAGUACCUAUGA